AUGGCUACAUUCUGGAUAUACGAUUAUGUAUAUUCACUUGAUGAAGAGUGGACAUUUUUGCUUCGAUCGCGCUGGACCAAGGUGAAAGGCCUGUAUAUUGUCACACGAUACCUCCCCUUUAUCGUGCUCGCCAUGGAGCUAUGUUUGAGAUUUACCCCGAAUGAGAACAUAGAAAUGCCGGGCGUUGGACCAUAUAAGUUCAGGGUUCGGCAUGCUAUUAGCCGUUUGCUCCGAGUGUAUGUCUCCUGCUUCCCUGAGAUAUGUUUUUUCAUCCUCAGAACAUAUGCGCUCUGGAACAAAAAUAGAAUUUUGCUCAUAGCCAUGCUGUCUACCUUUUUCAUGCAACUAGCGCGAUUCCGGGAAUUACGGGGUGCUAUUGGAGUUCGACCGAUUAUUGGCUCUUCAUGCCUUUUCUUUUCUUUUGCAUUUUCGAACUGGAACUGGCGGACAAACCCAAGCCAUCUGUACGUUGUCCUGGUGAACCAUAACAUAUCCUAUUAUGCAUGCGGUUUUUUGUUCUCGGUAACGAACGUCUUCACAUCACUGCUCCUCAAGUAUUCCUACCACACCAUGUUUUACAAGUAUGAAAUUCCAAUCCUGCUUUUCCAGUUCAUGAUUCUUGCUAUCCUCGCCACGCGCAUGCAUCUCCAUCUCUGGCAGACGGACCGACAUCCACAUGGCUCUAGCACCCUCAUGAGUAUUCCAAUGUCCGAGAUGCCAUCUGUAAAUUCUACGGCGUGA